GUAUGGUUCAAGAACCGCCGUGCCAAGUGGAGAAAGCGAGAGAGGAACCAGCAAGCGGAGCUAUGCAAAAACGGUUUUGGUGCCCAGUUCAAUGGACUCAUGCAGCCCUACGAUGACAUGUACACAGGCUACUCCUACAACAACUGGGCCACCAAGAGCCUAGCAAGCAGCCCCCUCUCCGCCAAGAGCUUCCCAUUCUUCAACUCAAUGAAUGUAAGCCCCCUAUCAUCCCAGCCCAUGUUCUCCCCCCAAAGCUCCAUCCCCUCCAUGAACAUGGCCUCCAGCAUGGUGCCCUCAGCAGUGGCCGGGGUUCCCACUACGGGGCUUAACAACCUGGGUAACCUGAACAACCUCAACAGCCCUACAGCGCUCAACUCGGUGGCGGUGUCUGCGGCCACGUGCCCCUACGCCUCCACCGCCAGCCCCUACAUGUACAGAGACACCUGCAACUCCAGCCUGGCCAGCCUGCGGCUCAAAGCCAAGCAGCACACCAACUUUGCCUACCCGGCAGUGCAGAACCCCGUGUCCAACCUGAGCCCCUGCCAGUACGCUGUGGACCGGCCGGUAUGAAGGAGAAGCUCCGGCGACCAUCCCUAACUAACUGACCAGCUGUUAGUUCACUGUUACUCCACUCCUCAUCUCACACUGCCAGAUGUGCUGCAGCCUGGCAGAUUGUGUUUCGAUGGUACACAAAGAGAAUAAUCUUCAAAACUGACACAACAAAUAGAAUUGCCCAGAUGGACCACCGUGCUUCAAAGGAAUUCUUUCCAGCUUGUGGGACUUUGUCGCUGACCAACUGCCUAAAGGAUUUCUAAAGAUUAUAUGAAUUAUCUUUAUUUUUUUUGCCUUCUUUUGAACUGCAUGAUUAGAAUAAACGUAGAAAACAAGAGUAAAUAAAACAUGGAUGCUUCAACUGGACUGGUGGUCAACAUGUUGACCCACAAACAUCAGAUGCGAUCUGCGCGACUGUCGCAGGAAAAGGGACCUGUGGUUGCUAUGCAGGAGAAAUGGAGGAUGUAUAUAACGGACCUUUUUGUUUUGUAUGUGACACAAAAUAUAUGAAAACGUACUUUAAAGAUGAGAAAAGCAUGUUCUUCAAAAGCAAAGGCCCGAGGUUUAUGUACUAUGAGCACAUCCUUAAACUUUGUUGUGAUUCUUCUCUACGUGGAAGGUCACAGGUCAAAGGUCAGCCUGGAUGGGCAAGAGGAGGGCUGUCCUGGAAAGUGAACACAACAACAACAACAACAACAACAACAACAACAACAACAACAACAACAACAACAAGUUACUCACACAUACCAGAACAUCAGAAAGAUUUUUCAAGUAAAAACUCUAAGCCAUUGAGUAUAUAGAUUUGUGUGGUGUUUUGCAAAGCAAGUCCAUGACUGUAAAACAUGUAUGUAAGAGUGCAGUUGUCAUUGCAAAAAAACAAGCUUUUUUUCCUGGUGUAGCCUGCUCUGUCUCAUUAAAGAACCAAU